CAACGGACACGAAAUGCAUGUCUCGGCCUCAAACUGGGAAAUGUCACCGCACGAACCAAGCUAAGAUUGCUACCCCAGACAUCGACCCAUCAAACGCAGCGGCAGCUCCCAUAACCUUAUCGCGCAUCGGACCGCACGUCUACUUCCGUCCCCAACCCCCCCCCAUCCUUUGCCUCCCCAAUCUUGUUUGCGGGCGCGAUCUGCACCAUCCCCAAUCUGCGGGGUCUCAGUGCACGGCCGGCAUGCUGGUGAGGGAGUCGAUGUUGUCUCGGGCGGGGUUUAGGGGCGCAAGGGACUGUGCCAGUCAGAGUAUGCAGGUUGGUGCGGCUUUCGUCCCUGACGCCUGACUUGGGCCGUAGUGGGAUUGUUUACGGGGCUGAUGUCUUGGACCAGCUCAGCUGUCAGGAAAUCAAAUGUCCGCUCAAGACAGCUUUGUCUGGAGUUCUCAAUAGUCUGGGAUUUCGUCGGGCACGCUCCGGAUUGGGGUAAUGUCUCUACGCUGUGCUGGCUUCGACCCAAGGGCGAGGGAAGGGGAGGGAGAGAAAGAAAGUAUAUGAAGCACGCUGCCUGGCCAUUCAUCUGUUCUAGUCCACCUCCUCAUCCUAUCGCCACAGCCGCAGCAGCGACCCUUCCAUAGUCUGCUCGUACUGAACCCACAUCGCAGCACCGACACCUCCCAACUGCCCAUCAUGCAUCUCUCCUCCGCCGCUCUCCUCCUCCUCCUCGUCCCCGCCACCCGCGCAGCCGCUAUCCCAGCCCAGGGUGGCCUGUUAGGCGGCGACAAAGCACUUAUCGAUAGCGACAAACUUGCCAACCCGGUCGUCAAUACUGUCCUUGGGGGCGGUCAUGUAGGUGGCCCUGCGACAGUGAAGCGCGAUGGAGCCACCGACCUUCUCGGCCCCGUCAUGGAAGCCGUCGACUUUGGGAAGACGGUGAGCGAGGUGGCGGACAAGGCGACGGGUGUCAAGAUCCUGACGCGCGAUGAAGCCGCCGAUCUUCUCGGCCCCGUCACCGACGCCGCCAAAUUAGGGGAGACGGUGAGCGAGGUCGCGAAUGGAAUAGCUGGCCUCGCAACGACGAAGCGCGAUGAAGAUGCAGUUGCGCUCGCAAACAACAUCCGCAAGCUCUCCUACGAGCAACUCGGGCAACUAGCCAGGCUGCUCAAGAUCAUCAGCGGAGGCGUCAGCAAGACGUCGAAGCGCAGCGCAGCCUUCAACCCUGCCGACUUGAAAACCGUAGUCAGCAUUAUCGGUGACCUUACCCAACCAGGCGGCAAUGCGAAGUCGAAGCGCAGCGCACCCUUCAUCCCCGAGGAGUUGAGGAACGAGCUAUCGCUCCUGAUUACCGGAAAGCCAUUUGAUGAACAAACCAACGACGUAGACGCGAAACGCGACAUCACCGGCACUGAAGUCGCCGGCGCCAUCGCCUACGCGGAGAAGCUGGCUGCUGGACCAGCAGGACAACUCGCCGACCUCCAGAACGGCUCUCCUCUCGAGUCCAUCGGUCGACGCCAGGACAAGAUCGCGUCCACGGUCUCUACCGUCGCAUCAAAAGCAGCAGACGCAGUUGUCGACGUGAGUCUCAAAGUCGUGGACACCGUACCAGGCGUCGGGAAGUCGAAGCGCGACAUCACCGGCGGCGACGCCAUCGCGUACGCGGAAAAGCUAGCCGCCGAGGCAACAGGCGAACUCGCCAGCCGGGAUCUUGACUAGACGGCGGCGCAGCUCGAAGACUUGACGGGGGAUUUGAUCAACAGCCUCGUCGACAAGCGACAGUCGACGCUCGGCGAAGAUGGAGCCAGAGGCAAAGAUAAACCCCCACUAUUUGGCCCUGGUGUUGGCGAAGUGGGAUCAAUCGUGGAUACAGCUAGUGCUGUGGCAGGUAGCACCACAAGAGUCCUUGAUGUGAGUACGGGUCAGGUAGUUGGCGCGGAAGAUAUGAUGGUUUAAGGCGUGGCUACUGGCGGUAUAAUGGCUGCUGUUGAUACGGAGGUGCUGGGAGUUUGGUGGAAACUAUAUUCUGUUUUCUUCACGUCAGGAGAGACGUCUGUGGAAACUAGGGCCGGGGAGAGAUUUGGGUAUAUAUUUCUCUUCCCAUACAAUAAUUUUUAUUAUUAUAUUAUAUUGUAGUUAGCUUAGCUUAGCUUUUACAUCCCCAAGCUGGGAAUCUCAUAGUUCAUGAUUAUAUUAUAUUUCCUG